AUGGCGGAAGUGAUAUCCGUUCAAAUUCAGCUUCAAGAGGGAGAGGAAUUGGAUGAUAAUAAACUUCAAAACUCCCAACUGAAUGAGUGCUUAAGUGUGAAAAGAGGUGCUGAAAUAGGAGUGUGUUUUGGUAAAGAAUUACUAAAUAAUCUAAAUCAGUACGAUGAAGCAGAAUCAUUUAGUUUGACAACAGGUGUCUCGUUUGUGAGAGAUGAGAAAACACCGAGGGAAUUCGGAAACUUCCUCGACAAGGAUCCCAUGGAUUAUAGAUCGAUAAUGGAAGACGCAAGCGAUCUAAUUUCAAAGCGAUCCUUACAUUGGGAUAUGAGUUCCCUUUACCCUGGACUUGUAAUGAGAAUUGGGCCUACUCUGGCAAAUGGUGUUCUAGAAUUUGUGGUGGAUCCCAAAGUAAAGGAUAGAACUUACCAGAAUAGCGGUGAAAUAACUACAGGUCGUCUACUUGCUCGAAAUCUUCUGGUGCCAUUUCUCCUUGGAAUCAAAUUUCAUAUUUCUACUUUACUUCCCUUACUAUUGGGACAUCCUCAUUACGACGAUCAUUACUACAAAGAGAAAUCUGCAGAACAGACAACAGCUUCGCCAAUUACACCAGACGAGCUUAGAGAUAGAUUGGAGAGGCUUUUUAUAACUAAGAAAGGAAUGGAGGAGAGAGAUCCGAGAGAUGAAACAAAGAUUAGGAAUGCGAGAAACUUCGCUUGGACGCCCCUAACAACAGGA